AUGCGUAAAAGUCAUCUUUCAUCAACUAAACCUUUCUCUUUGCGCGAAGGUGCAAAUUUUUCAGAUGCAAUAUUUUUUCAAGAAAUAAAAAGUUUAGUUCGAGCUUUUUUUUAUUGUUGGGCGCAAAAUUUGGUAGUCAGAGAAAUGUUCUGCUUCAGGGCCAUUAUCCAGGUUUUUUUCUUUCAGAUACGUGAAAAUUUGAAGGUUUUCUGGAUUUCUUUGGACGCGCUCUUUGGCAUUUUGAUUUGGGAUUUCGGUUUGGGUUUGGGACACUGGAACGAAACUGAUACUAAGACUUGGACACGAUUAGAUGAAAAAUCUAAAAUUUGUGAUAGAUGUAGAAAAAACACUGAUAAAGAUCCAGAAUAUCUACAAACUGAAGAAUAUCAAGCACCAAUUCCAAUUAAAUCAAAUAAUCAAGAUAAUAUAACAAAAAUUGGAACUCAUACUUAUGCAUUAAGGAAUGAUAUUUUAUAUACUCAAGCAGAAUUAAAACAAUUAGAACUAGAUUAUCAAGAGAUUAUUUCACAAAUAUCAAUUCCAUAUGAAGUAAGUUUAAGUGAAAAGAUUAAAAAAAUGUCUAAUAUUUUAUAUAAAAAUCAACAUCAAUUAAAUCAAAAACCUAUUUAUAAUCCCAUAGUUUUUAAAGAAAUGCUAGAAACAGCUGAUAAAGAUUUAAUUGGUUUUUUUGAUGAAUUAUAUGCUGGAACUAAUCCUAAUACUAAAUGUGAUAAAACAAAUGAAAAUAAUAAGAAAAAAUUGGUUUCUUUAUGCUAUUUUUUAGCCAGUAUUAAUAACAAAUAUAUCAAUGGACUCAAAGCUGAUAUUGGAUCAUAUCUACAAACUGCUGGAGCAUCAGCAUCUUCAAUUGAUACUCUUAGUAAUUUAGGAUUUUCAGUUACAAGGAAAACUGUAAAUCAACAAAAAUUAUUGAUUGCAAAUGAGCAUCAAGAAACUGUAGAUAAUUAUUGUUUACAAAAUAUUGAAAAAAUGUUUUUUCUUAAUAUUGAUGAUUAUCAUAACAUUCACAGAAGGAAUCAACCAACUUUAAUACAAACACAUAACAUAUUUCAUUUUGUAACCAUUUUAUUAAAUUCAAAUCCCAAUAUUCUUAAAAUAUCUGCUUACUCAUCUAACAAUACUUCAGUUCAUAAUCCUAUAGGAGUUGAUUCUAAACUAAUUAUUAAGAAUUUUAAUGAAAUCUUUAUGAAUAAAUUAAAUAGUUGUUAUUAUGAACAAAAUGAAAUAUGGAAACAAUUUUUAAUAGAAGAUUCUUAUGAAAAUAGAAUGGAAUUAUUUACUGUUCAUAAUUAUGAUGGCCGUAUUCAAAAUCAUCAAGAAUUAAGAUCUAUGAUUAAUAGUAAGCUAAUAGAUUUUGUUUUACAUCCUUUACAUAGUACAAAGGAUUAUAUUGAAUGUGCAAAUCUUUUAUUUAAGGUUUUUGAGAAACUUAAAAAUAAUAAUGAACAAGAUUAUUUAAGUGAUUGUAUUAUUCCUACAAUUUGUGAUUGGCCAGGGCAGGUAAAUAUUAGAAGAGCUAUAACAUUAAGAAAUAAUAAAGGAUCAGAAUCUGGAAUUCCUCUGGAAAUAUUAAGUUUAAUUCCUAUAAUUGGUCCACUUCAUAUAUCUCUUAAUAGUAGAGAAACAUUAUUUCAAACCUAUCAUUUCUUUUUUGAAAUGCUAUAUCAUAAUUUAUUUGGAGAAAAAAAAGUUUUAUCACAAAAACCAAAACAGACUAUAAUCAAUUUUAUAUUAAACUUAACAUUUCAAGGCUGGAAAAAAAUUUGUAAUGUUGUUAUAAAUCGUUUUGAAAAUUCCAAAGAUGCAGAAUAUAGAAUGAUGAUGGAUUUAUUAGAUAAUUCUAUACCUCUUACUUUAGAUAUUUAUGCAGUUCUUUUUAGAAGUGGAUUUUUUGAAGGAUAUUUAGAAGGUGUUGUAAGAAUUUGGGUACUAUUUCAAAGAUUAAGAAGACAUAAUUAUAAUAAGGCACCACUUAUAUUUUUAAGUGAUAUAUUUUAUUGGACCUCAAAUAAUCAUCCAAUAAUUGAUAUUUUAAAAAACCAUUUGCCAAUUUUUAAUGAUUAUUUUGUUGAAAAUUUCCAUAGUUCUAUUAGAAACCAAACAGCUGAAUCUAAUUCUAUACAACAAAUUAUUCAAAAAGCAAAAAUCAUUGAUGCUGAAAGGACUAAUAAUUUGUCUUUUAAAGAAGCUUUUAUUAAUUUAAGAAAUCCAACUACUUUUAAGACUAAAUUAGAUUAUUUAGAAAAAAAGACUUCAUUAUUUUUAUUAUCUCUAUUUGAUGAUAUUUAUCAUAAUAUGGGAAAUACACAACAAAUUAAUAGAAACAAAUAUCCAAAUUUUAGUCUUCCAACUUUUAAUAUUAAUGUUGAUGUAAAAAUCCUUCCAUUAGCUUGGAAUACACAAACUAAACCCUCUGAUAACAAAUUUUGUGAUGCAGAAAAAUGCUUAUUAUUAUUAAGUAAUAAUUCAAAUUUAGCUAAUAAUAAUAAUAAUAUUGUUUUAACAUGUGGACAUGCCUAUCAUAAACAAUGUUUGGACUUAUUAAAGGGUAAUUGUGAGUAUUGUUUUAAUUAUUUAUCUUUAAAUAUUGAAAAGAAUAUUACUAGCUUAAAAAAAAGAUUAUUUACACCAUUAAAAGACAAUGAAAAACCUUUAGUUGAAGAUGAAGAUAAUGAUAGUUUAAGUGAAAAUAAUAAUGAUGAGAAUAUUGAAAAUAUUUUAGAAGUAAUAGAAAGUAAUAUAGAUAAUCAGUUUGAAAUAUUAUACCAAACAUGGUUAAAUUAUUAG